AUGGGUGGUAUGUGGAUGGGGUUUGUGUGGCUGGGCGGUGUGUGGAUGGUUGAUGUGGAGAUGGGUGAUAUGUGGAUGGGGCGUCAUGGCCCUCUCAUCGAUUUGGUCGGGGAAAAUGGUCCACAGGUUACAGGACUAAGUAUCAACGCAGCUGUAGCUGAUGCUCUUACUAAUGAGGGAUGGUGGCUGGAUCGUAGUAGAAGUAGACACCCAAUUAUCUCUCUUCUGAAGGAAUGUCUACCAAAUGCACAGGAGGUGCUUGAUUCUGAAGUAGAUGAUAAAUAUGUCUGGUAUCCGACAGCUGAGAGAAGUAAUGGUUGUUUCUCAACAAGUGAGACUUUGAGAGCUUUACAUCCUUCACCGGCAGAGGUAUUCUGGCAUAAGGCAGUGUGGUUUGUUGGGAGGAUUCCUAAGCAUGCGUUCAUCACAUGGAUCGCAGCACGAGACAGAAUGGUCACGAGGGAUAAGCUUAUUGGUUGGGGAUUGACGGUUCCCUCCAAUUGCGUCAUGUGCUCAGGUCACGAUGAGAGCCGUCAGCACUUGUUCUUUGACUGCGCUUAUAGUCAUCAGGUUUGGAGUUUCUUCCUCAGUCGAUUGCAUUUGGUAGCUCCCCAGGGUUUUGAUGAAGUGUUCCGAUGGUUGAAAGCUUCAUCAAGAGAUGGGAACGUGAAUUUGAUCAUGAAGCUUAUUCAUCAGGCGGUUUUGUACUUGAUCUGGAAGUAG